GUUUUCAAACAAAAAUAUUUUUUUUUAAAAGACUGCAAUCCAUGUUUCCAAACACUCCAAAUUUUUAAAAGUCCUAUUCAAGUCUCCAAACACUCCAAUUUUGUACUUGAGUUUUAAUAAGAUAGAUAAAUACAAGAGUCUUUGUUCCAUCAACAUAUCCAUCAACAAAAUUUCAUCUUUGAUUCUUGAUUUUGUAAGAAAGAAAAAAAAUGGGUGUUAUGGGGAAGAAACUUAGUUCACUAAAAUGCGAAGUGAGAGUAAUAGAAGCAAGAAACGUGGAGAUCAAGUCACAAGCUAGUACUCUGUUCGUUAGAUUCUAUCUCUCUGCAGGACACAACAGAAAGAUAGAAGUAAACACAAGAGAGCUCUGUCAGAAAUCAGAAAAUCUCGUAUGGGAUCAAUCUUUUGGUCUGGAGUGUCAAGGCAACGAAGCAGCAGUCGAGGAGUUAAAGCAACAAAGAGUCAUUUUCGAGUUAAGGAGGAGGAAAACAGCUUCUUUUUUAAGGAAGUCAUCGAGAUCAGAGGUUGUAGGGAGAGGAGAGGUCUCAUGGGAAUCGGUUUUCGAGUCACGGGGCAUGGAGAUGGAGAGAUUUAUAGUGAUGAGUGAAUCAAAAACCCCGCUGUUUGGAGAUGGGAGCCCUGUCUUGUUGAAGAUAGGUUUAAAAGUCCAAGCUAUAGAGAUGAAGAAGAUGUUGAUCAACAAGAAAGAGAAGCUUUGUGCAUGUUGUAGUAGUAGUAGAGACUGUAAAAGCUGUAGUUGCUUAGAUUACGAAGCUUUUGCUUUAGCUUGUGCUCUAGAUUGUAUUUAAGAAAACAGAUUUUGAUUCAAAUCAACAAACUCAAAUAGCAUUGAUAGAUA